AUGGAUAUCCUUCUCCCAUACCUACACACUAUCAUACUAACUGUUAUAGUACUCUUUUCCUGCUAUCUGCUAAAGAGGUCUAAAUCUUCUAAGACCAAAUUAGCACCACAAGCUGGCGGUGCUUGGCCUAUCAUAGGUCACCUUCCCUUGUUAGCCGGAGCUGAGCUUCCCCACAUAAGAUUAGGAGCCUUAGCUAACAAAUAUGGACCUAUUUUUACCAUUAGGAUAGAGAUGUACCCAGCUUUGGUGGUUUGCAACUGGGAGUUGGCUAAGGAACUAUUCACCACUAACGAUGCAAUUGUAUCUUCUUUCCCCAAACUCACUGGUGCAAAAAUUUUGGGCUACAACUUUGCGAAUUUUGGGUUCUCUCCAUAUGGUGGACAUGAGAAGGCCAUGAAGAAAAAUGCUGAGGAAUUGGAUAAUAUUGUUGGCCACUGGUUAGAGGAGCAUCGCUGCAAAAGAGAUUCAGGUUAA